GGUCCAGGUUCAUUUAGGAGCACUGAUACUAAUCAGCUGGAUUACCCUCGGAUCUGGAGAUAUGACAGCACUGCUCUCAUCAGAACCAAAUGAUUACAGCGACUUAGCCCUUACUAAGACGGAAGGAGCCCCGCCCAGCUGGCUGAAAGGAACUCUUUGCAGAAUAGGACCUGGUCUGUUUGAGCACGGUGGACGGUCCGUCAACAAUGUCGUUGAUGGUUUAGCUAAAGUCCAUGGCUGGAAUUUUGAUGGAGAUGGAACCGUGAAGUACACCGCAAAGAUGAUCCCUUCAGAUCUUUAUAACAAGACGAUGAAAGACAAUAUCCUAGCCCCGAACGCGUAUGCGGGUGAUGUGGUACCCGAUCUUACCAUGCAAGAGGAACUUCAGGUUAUGAUGGCCAAACCGGAGCAAAAAGACAACGCAAACAUCGCUAUAUGGGAUCUGGAUAACGGUAAAAGUGUAACAGUUACAGGAGAGAGCCCGAUGAUGCAACAAAUGCUGCCUCACUCCUUAAAAUACAAAUGCCCUCUGCUUAGUGGAGCUGUUGCUACAAUUGGAUCUACCAGAAUGACAUUGUUCUCCGCGACUCACUACGCCAAGCACGUCUCUGGAACCAGCUUCAACCACAUCCUUACCAUGUCCAUGCUCCCAUGGGAGAUGUCGGAACUAUCCUACGACUUUUUCGAGUACUCAGCGACCAGUUUCGGAGAAAUUAAGACAAGAAAGAUAGGCAGCAUCCCCACAUCAAUGUCUGAUAUCAGGAUGCUUCACAUGUUCGGUGCCACAGAAAACUUCAUUGUUGUACCACUGUGGAAUCUCCAGUUCUCCCCAGAGUCCUUCAUGAAUAUAAUGUUUGAUAUGACCCAUUUAUGCCAGAGCAUGCGCUUUACAUACGACAACCCCUUCUACUUCCAUGUCAUUUCAAUAGCAACAGGAGAACUUCACACAUUUGAACUGCCCCCAGCAAGAGGAGUUCACGUCAUGAACUCUUUCGAGAGGACCAACUUUAAGGGAGAGACGGAAGUAGUGAUGGACGCUCCAACUACUUCUGAUGUCCACGCACUUGAUCUGAACAAGCAAUGCCUUCUGGACGUCUUGAAGAUCCCCUUCAUGAAAGACCCUGAAUUUAUGUACAAGAACAUGCCUUGGGACACCACGCUCAGACGUUAUAUCCUCAACAUCAACACCAACCAGUAUACCAUAGAGGAUUUACCCAGGAACUGGGAGCCAGUUGAUGCCUUAGUCGACUUUCCUUUUAUCAAUCCAGCUUACGUAGGGAAGGAAUACUGCUUCUGUUACUUCCAGCAGUGGCAGAUGAACCCCAAUAACAUGGACUUGCUGAAGUAUGACCUCUGCAAGAAGACCUCUACCACCUGGCACGAGGAUGGCAAGCUUGUGAUGGAGCCGGUCUUCGCAGCAAACCCUAAACCCACUUCAGAAGACGAUGGAGUGAUAGUGGCACAAGUUUAUGACACGAUCAACAGUACGACUGAGCUGAUAGUUUGGGACGCUAAAGAUUUGAAGGUUUUAGCUAGGUUUGAUAAUUUAGUAAAGGUUCCUUAUACCAUACAUGGCUGGUGGUUCAGUGAUUAACAGUUAACUUUUAGUGAGUUUUAGUCUUUUAGAAAUUAGAUUGUUAAAUCUUUUUAAGAUUAUGAAGACCAAAGCAUCUUACUUGAUCAUCGCUAUACAGUUUACAGUCAUGUAAAUCAUGAAACUGUACAAAUUCUGUAAAUACACAUGUCACAAUUGAAAUAUAGACCUCUAUUCUAAAUAAAGACCCCUACUUAGCCAAUAUCGAUUUCGGCUUGUUCACUAAGCUGUGGAGAUUCGGAGAACCAACAUUUUA